UGCACGUUGGCUGGCUCGCCCAGGGAACCUUACACGAGUGCUCGCUUGCCUAGAGUGCAGGUGACGACUCUCACCAUGAGCUCCAGAAGAAGUACGAAACAGCAACGCGGCGGUAAGAGUAUGGCCGAGGCGAUGGAGGAGGACUCCUCCGACGAAGAUUCUGGACCGGAGACCAUGCCCAGCAACACCAAGACCGCGGCAGCGGCAGCAGCAGCAGGAGCAGGAGCAGCGACGACAGAGCCACAACACAGCAGCGAUGGAAGCAGUGAAAGUGAUGACGGCGAUGGUGAUGAUGAUGACAACAGCAGUAGUUUCGGCAAGCGCAAAGCGGACGAUUUUCUGCGGCGGCAGGAGCUCGCCAUGGACCCCCGGUUCAAGGCCACCGUCGUGCUCCCCGGGGACGACGUUACCGAGACCACCACCCGCACCACCAGAAGCCUAAGGCUAGGCCCGGGACUGGUGCAGCACGCCCAGGACAAGGUCAUGGCCACUCGCGCCGGGGUGCUGAGAUAUCGCCCCCCGUGCUCGUACUGGGUGGAGAGCAACGGGCGGCGGUACGGGGCGAGGGUGGAGGAUCAGGUGCUGGGCAUCGUGGAGGACAGGAUGGCGGAUUCCUACAAGGUCAACAUAUUCGGGAGCUGCGCAGCGUUGUUGGGCAUGCUGGAGUUUGACGGUGCUUCCAAGCGGAGCAAGCCAAACCUCAGGACCGGGUCGCUAGUGUUCUGCCGGGUGGCGGCGGUGAACAAAGAUAUGGAAACGGAGCUCACGUGUACCUCAACACAUCACGGCUCCAAGAAGGACUGGAUGACGGGACAGUCGACGUUCGGAGAGCUUCGCGGCGGCAAGAUGGAGCGGUGUUCCCUCCUCCUUUCCAAGAGCCUUACCAAGCCCGACUGCAGGGUGCUCAAGAGCCUAGCCAAGCACAUGCCUUUCGAGCUCGCGGCGGGACUCAACGGGACAUUUUGGGUGGACUCAGGUUCAGAGGCACACACGAUCGUGAUCUGCAACGCCAUCCUUAACUCGGAGGUAAUGACGGAUGCCCAGACGGACGCCAUGGUAGAUCGACUGGCGAAGCACAUGAAGAAGGGGCUCGCGGCAAUGGAUACAUGACUGAGGCAGCUUCCCUCAGUUUCUUGGGGAGGCGUGCAGCGCUUGAUAAGUUUGGUUUGUGGGUCUUAUGUAGGGGCAUCGAGGAAGGCUUUGUGAUUUCCUAUGCAUGUCAUCGCUCAUGAUUCGAGGACAUCUUCCUCCACGUGUUCGAGAGCUUUGGAGGAGGUGGGAGGGUAGCUGUUACCCCCGACGUUGCGCUCGCUUGUGUCGGCUCUUCGGCUACCGGUUCGUUUUUCUGAAUCGUGGCGUGCCAGCUCGAAUGACAUUGAUUUUUCAGCGGACUGUUGUCCCUCUUGUCUGCUUGCAGGAGCGCCUCGUAAUCGCCUAGUUUUCGGAUAUUGUGUGGUCCAUUAGCGCAAUAGCCUAUCUCAGAAUAUAAAAGAGUCAUUCUAACGUCGAGUUUGUCCCUCCGUGCCGCGGUUGGGAAGCAUAUGCUUGUUCAUAAUCCCGUUGUUGAGCAAAUCCAGUUUGUACAUAGC